UCUCUCGUUUAAUUAAUUUGUCCUUCCGUUUUAAGCCUAGCGUGUUCAGAGUUUUGUGAGACAUUUUUCAGAUUUCCAGCUCCAUUUUUAGUAAUGGGGGUACCAGCUUUUUACAGAUGGUUAGUUGAUAAGUUUCCACGAAUUGUGGUGGAUGUCAUCGAGGAAAUGCCUGUUGAAAUUAACGGGGUUAAGAUUCCCUUGGAUACAAGGAACCCGAAUCCUAAUAAAAUGGAAUUCGAUCAUUUGUAUCUUGACAUGAACGGGAUUAUUCAUCCUUGCUUUCACCCUGAAGACAGGCCUGCGCCUACAACUUUUGAUGAGCUAUUUCAGCGUAUUUUCGAUUACAUUGAUAGGCUUUUUGUGCUGGUGCGACCUCGAAAGCUGCUGUACAUGGCUAUCGAUGGUGUUGCUCCACGGGCUAAAAUGAAUCAACAGCGAUCUCGGCGUUUUAGAGCUGCUAAGGAUGCUGCAGAUGCGGCAGCUGAAGAAGAACGGCUGCGGCAGAAAUUUGAGGAGGAGGGCAGAGAACUCCCUCCUAAAAUUGAUUCUGAAGUUUGUGACUCUAAUGUUAUCACUCCUGGAACUCCAUUCAUGGCUGCUUUGUCAGUUGCGUUGCAAUACUAUAUUCAUCUUAGAUUAAAUAAUGAUCCUGGAUGGGAAAAAGUCAAGGUUAUUCUUUCUGAUGCUAAUGUCCCUGGUGAAGGGGAACACAAAAUUAUGUCAUAUAUUCGUCUUCAAAGAAAUCUUGCUGGUUUUGAUCCGAAUACACGUCAUUGCCUAUAUGGUUUGGAUGCAGAUCUAAUUAUGUUGGCUUUGGCUACCCAUGAAAUUCAUUUUUCAAUCCUUAGACAGAUGGGUCAUUUAGCUGAAGAUUGUGAAGGAAAAGGAAAGAGGAAAUCAGGUGAAUUUGAUGAGCCUUACCAGUUUCUUAACAUUUGGACUCUUCGUGAAUACCUGGAAUAUGAAAUGAGAAUUCCUAAUCCGCCAUUUGAGAUUGAUAUUGAAUGCAUUUUUGAUGAUUUUAUCUUUAUGUGCUUCUUUGUUGGCAAUGACUUUGUGCCGCAUAUGCCUACGCUGGAGAUUCGUGAGGGUGCAAUCAACUUGUUGAUUACAGUAUACAAGAAGGAGUUUAGGGCUAUGGGUGGUUACUUGACUGAUGGAGGCAAGCCAAAUUUGAUCAGGGUGGAGCGUUUCAUUCAAGCUGUUGGAUCCUAUGAGGAUAGAAUAUUUCAGAAUAGAGCAUGGUUGCACCAGAGGCAGGCUGAACGAAGCAAGCGUGAAAAGGCUCAAGCAAAAAGUGGAGACAAUGCUGAGCCCCUAUCCCAACCUGAUUCUUUGGUUCCUGUUUCACGGUUUCAUGGUUCUUGCCUUGCUUCUGGUCCUUCAGUCCUUGACUAUCAGAAGCAGGAAAAUAGAGAAGGUUUGAAAACAAAGGUGAAGGAGAUACUUCGCAAGAAAUCUGAUGCUUUUAACUCGGAAAAUCCAGAAGAAGAUAAGAUUAAAUUGGGAGAGCCAGGAUGGAAAGAAAGGUAUUAUGAAGAGAAGUUUGAUGCAAAAACUCCUGAGGAACGUGAAUAUAUACAAAAAGAUGUUGUGUUGCGUUACACAGAAGGUUUAUGCUGGGUUAUGAAUUAUUACUAUGAAGGUGUCUGCUCUUGGCAGUGGUUUUAUCCUUAUCAUUAUGCACCUUUUGCUUCUGAUCUCAAAGAUCUUGGUGAGCUGGAUAUCAGGUUUGAACUGGGUCAGCCUUUCAAACCAUUCAGUCAACUAUUGGGAGUCUUGCCUGCUGCAAGUGCUCAUGCACUCCCUGAUCGGUACAGAAUAUUGAUGACAGAUCCAAAUUCAGGAAUAAUUGAUUUUUACCGAUCUGAUUUCAAAGUGGACAUGAAUGGGAAACGAUAUGCCUGGCAGGGUAUUGUGAAGUUGCCUUUCAUUGACGAAGCCCGCCUUCUUGCUGAGGUUAAGAAAGUUGAACAUACUUUGACGGAGGAGGAAGUGCAGAGAAACAGUAUGAUGUCCAACAUGCUUUUUGUGCUAUCAACCCACCCUCUCUUUGCAAGCAUCAAUACACUUGAUGAACAUUGUAAACAAUUGACAUGCAAAGAGCAGGCUGAAGUCAAGGAACGUAUCAAACCUGAGUUAAGUGGUGGGAUGAACGGUUAUAUCUCCCCUUGUACUGGUGAUUCUCAUCCUCCGAUAGUCAGGUCUCCAGCUCAGGGGAUGGAAGAUAUUGUGGGCAACCAAGUUGUUUGUGCUGAAUACAAACUCCCAGAUACACAUAAGCACACCACCCGACUUCCUGAUGGUGUCAUAUUUCCUAGAGGGAUGGUGCAACUGGAUGAUCUAAACCCUGAGCCUACGCAAUGGCAUGAAGAUUCUGCGAGAAGACCCUAUGAAAAAGGAAGGCAAAAUUUCCGAGGUAUCAUUUCUGGUCAUGAGCUGGAAGAGGCAUUAGUUAAUAGAUUACAAUUGGAGGAGGAUCACAAUGGGUAUGGUAAUCGAAUGCAGUGUACACCAGUACCUUAUACUGCUGCGGCACCCUAUGUCCCUUCGGUUCCUUCCUAUCAUGGUUACAGGGGUUAUGAUAACCCUCGAUCUUCAGUUCCUGCCCAUUCCUACAAUGGUGGGUAUGGUCAACGCCAUUUGUCAUCAACUCCUCACCCUCCUUACAGGCCUCAUUUUUCAUAUGAUAGAAAUAAUUGGUCAGCUAACCAGGGAGAGCUUCCAAUGAAUUUUUGUGGCCCUUCAGGAAUCCAGCUGAGCCAUCGACCUAGGUACACACCUGGGAGGCCUAUGGCUCAACCGUCUGGGUCAACUGCAUAUACACAUCAAGGUGGUUACACUGGCUUUCAGUGCUACCAACCACUUGGUGCUGGUAGUGCACAGCAGUGGAGUGUGCCACAGGCAAGCCAGAGCAUUCCCAGAGGCUCAGGUUAUGGUCACCACCAUUACAAAAGAAAUCAGAACCAACAACUCCAUAGUCAACCAAGAGGAAAUCAGAGUUUUUAUGAAAACAGAGGAAACCAGUACAAGUAUCAAAAUAGAGGAAACCAGGGUCACAACCAGCCUAACAAUCAACCGAGAGUAAGCCAUGGCCAUCAACAAUGUAACAAUCGAUAUUCAGUAUUGGAUGAAACGGAAUGACCACGGUCUUAUAUUUCAAAGUGAUGAAUA